AUGGAUCUCUUCGUGUUUUUAUUACUCUUGACAAGCGCUUCAAUUGUUGAAAGUGUCUCUUUAGCUCCAAAAAAUAUUUUUACUCGGCUCCAGUUUCAUUGUGAAUACAAGACUAACGAACUUCAAAAUACUUCAACUUGUGUUAUUCGAGAUUUCCAUCCAGGAACGUCUCUUUUUCACAUCGAGAAUCCAGAAAAUUCCACAAGACUCGAAUUUGUCAACUCUCAACAUGUAAGAAUUCCAAAGGCAGUUUUCUUGGAAGUUCCUUCUUUGGAAUCCUUGAAUCUUUCAUCGACUGGCGUUCGUCGCAUCCAGAAGUCAUCUUUCGAUAACGCCAUGUGCCUUGUGAGUUUGGAUCUUUCGCAUAAUUUGCUUCAAAUUAUUGCCAAAAGUACCUUCAAGCGAGCCCUAAACUUGCAAGAACUCUACUUGGACAACAAUCAAAUCGAAGUCGUCGAGUACAGCGCCUUCAAAUAUUUACGUAACUUGACGAUUUUAACACUCAACGACAAUCGCAUCAAAUAUCUCUCGGAUCAUGCGUUUGAGCAGCUCUCCAAUUUGCGAACGUUGUUACUCAAUAACAACGCGAUUACAGUCAUCAGUAGUGCCCUGAAGCCACUGCUAUCGUUGGAGACAUUGACAUUGGAUAAUAAUGCGUUGCACUAUGUUCGCAUUAAAGUGUUGAAUAAGCAUUUGAGACACUUGAAGAGCAUAACGUUGAGGAAAAAUGCUUGGAUUUGUGCCGGAAUGAAAAUUAUGACGGAUUAUUUGGAAGCGAAUAUGGUAAGGAGUGACUUGGAAGAUGAUGGACAAGAAGUUUGCACGCAAGACGAGGAUGUGAUGUUGAUGAUGAACGAAAAGGAUUUGAUGGAAAUUCAAGAGUUGUCGGUAUCAACAUUCGUUAAUCCAGCAUUCAGUCGACAUUUUAACAAGAAACGAUCAAAUGGAGUUUAUUUUUAA